CUCCUCCUUACUCUUCUCCCCCCACCUUCUCCCUCCCUCUCUCCCUCCUCUCCUCUCCACUCCACUCCUCACAUCCUCCACCAUGCCCGCCGCACCUACCAACUUCGGUGGUCAGUCAGGCCAGGUCAUCGCCUCCAAGCCUGCCACCGCCCGAGAGGCUCUCCCCGCCAUCCUCGUGGCCUGCUUCGCCGCCUUCGGUGGUAUCCUCUACGGUUAUGACACUGGAACAAUCUCCGGUCUGUUGGCUAUGCAGCGUUUCAAGGAGGACUUCGGAGAGUUCAUGAACAAUGACCCCUCCACUGGAGCGUACGACCCCAACUUCUACCUCACCACCGGUGAGACUUCCCUCAUCACCUCCAUCCUAUCCGCCGGUACCUUCUUCGGUGCCCUGUUGGGAGCUCCCCUGGGUGACCUUCUCGGUCGAAAGCUGGGUCUGCAAGCUACCAUGGUCGUCUUCGUCGUCGGUGUCAUCAUUCAGUUGGCCACCACCAACCGCCCCGUCUUCAUCGUUGGUCGUGUCGUCGCCGGUCUCGGUAUCGGUAUGGUCUCCACCCUCGUCGUUCUCUACCAGUCCGAGACUGCUCCCAGGUGGAUCCGUGGUGCCGUCGUCUCCGGUUACCAGUGGUGCAUCACCAUCGGUCUCCUCCUCGCCGCCAUCGUCAACAACAGCACCAAGGACCGCGCCGACACUGGCUCGUGGCGAAUCCCCGUCGGUGUCCAGAUCGGCUACGCUCUGGUCAUGUCCAUCGGUCUCAUCUUCCUGCCCGAGUCUCCUCGAUGGCUCGUCAAGGUCGGCAAGCCCGAGAAGGCUGCCCAGGCCCUCGCCCGCCUCAACUCGCACUCUGCUGACUCUGUCCUCGUCCGCUCUGAGCUGGCCGACAUCCAGACUGCUUACGACUACGAGUUGACCUACGGAAACGGUACCUACCUGGACUGCUUCACCGGUGGAGAGCGACGACACUGGUUCAGGACCAUGACUGGUACUCUUCUCCAGGGAUGGCAACAGCUCACCGGUAUCAACUUCAUCUUCUACUACGGUACCAUCUUCUUCGGCACCAUCUCUUCCAACGCCUUCCUCUUCUCCAUUGUCAGCAACGUCGUCAACGUUGUCUGCACCAUCCCCUCCUUCUUCCUCAUGGAGCGCCUUGGUCGACGAUGGAUGCUGGUCGGUGGUGCCUUCUACAUGGCCGUCUGUGAGCUCCUGGUUGCUGCUCUCGGAACAGCUUACGGAAACGACAACCCCAUGGCUUCCAAGGCUAUGAUCGCAUUCGUGUGCAUCUACAUCUCUGGUUUCGCCGCCACCUGGGGACCUGGUGCCUGGGUCGUCUGUGGUGAGAUCUUCCCUCUCUCCAUCCGUGCCAAGGCCCUUUCCCUCUGCACUGCCUCCAACUGGCUCUGGAACUUCGGUAUCGGUUACGCUACCCCUUACCUGGUCAACGUUGGUCCCGGAGAGGCUGGUCUGCAGACCAAGGUCUUCUGGAUCUGGACUGCUACCUGCUUCUGCGCUGGUAUCUUUGCCUACUUCACCAUCUACGAGACCAAGGGUGCUUCCCUCGAGGAGGUCGAUGGUAUGUACGCUGCCACUUCCCCUCGUGGUUCCGCUAGGUACCUGGCUCAGAUGAAGAACGCCCGUGUCGACCCCGAGGCCCACAUCGCCGACGAUGAGGCCGUCACUGCCGACCGUGCCAAGCACUCCAUCACCCACGGUACCAAGGACGCUUCCAACGAGGACCUCAAGAGCUCCAUGUAAAAAAAAACACAAAGAAAAUGUUGCGCAAAUGAUAGCUCGCUAUCCCGCUCUAUACAUGGGUGCGAUGGUGGCCAUCAUCUCAACUGGAUUCGGCAGGUGCUCUCCACUCAGCGUUACAAGUUUCCCCCCCCUUUCCAAAUGUUUCAACACUUUUUUUUCUUAUUCUAUUGCCAUUGUCACUCUCUCUGUGUCUCUUCUCUCUUUAGACGAAAAAAUGUCGAUCCUGUCACUACUUGAUACCUCUCAGC